AUGAAUCAAAUUGAAGAUUUAGUGAAAGAAAUUACUAGUGUUGGUAACACUACAACGGAUUCUUCAGACAAACUUGCCUCAAAUAAAGUGAAUGCUUUUGAUACAGUGAUUAAUACAAAUUCUCCAAAUAUUGCGAAUACUAUAAAUACCACAGACGUUAUUGAUGAUACAGUUUUUCAACAAAGGAAUUGCAACUCAAAAGCUGAAGAAAUUCAUAAAAAAAUUUUAAAAGAACUUGAUGUAAAAUUUGAUCUUGAAAUUUUAAGGAGACAAGCAGUGGAACAAAAGAUAGAAGCAGAAUUAAAAAAGGCGCAACAUUUUCUAUCAACUUUAAAAUAUUGUAUUUUAGAAUCACCUCCUAAUUAUCACGAAAACUUUUCAAAUUCAAACAAGGCAGCUCCUAUCGAAACAAAAUCAAUUACACCUUCAACCCGACAAUCCAAGCGUACAAUUUAUUCUACAAGAGAUAACGAUUAUUAUUAUUAUGAUAUAUUUAGAUUUUUAAAUCAUUGUCGCAGCUAUCAUCAAAUAGAAUUUGCGAGUCAUGAAGAUGCACUUUUAGUCUGCGGUACUCCUGUGGAUGAAGAUAUAAUACCUUUAGAUCAUCCUGCUAGAACAAAAAUUAUCACUAGUCCAUCGUCCUUACGUACAAUCUACAGACACGCAAAUUUAUCGAAUUCUUUGAAAAGUGAAAAUAAGAGGUUUGAAAAAGUAAUAGAUGUUGGAUUAGAUGAGAUAUCAAAUCAAAAUGACGGCUUUUAUUCUAAAGGGAUUACUAAAUUCAGUCAAAUAAAAUCUCAAGGGAAUAAGGUUUCCAUAUUUGAACAAGGAAGCUCUACUCAAAACAAAAUGGCAUAUGAAUCGUUUGACAGAUCAGGACAAUCACCAAACUUCAAUAAUGAUGAAAUAAUUAGUUAUUCCAAUAAUCAAGCCUUUUUGAAUCUACUUAAAUCAUCGUCAUCAAGUCUUCCAAAUACAAUGGAUCAUGAUUCUGAGUUACACAACAUAUAUUUUAGUGGUUCAACUAUCUGUACUUCAACCGCAUCACAACAAUAUUAUGAUGCACUAAACUCAUCAAAUAAUUACACUAUGUUAAAUGAAAACCAUAAUCCAACAAAAGAAGAAAAUAAAAGAAAUUUGAAUGUAAUAAAAACAUCAUUUAGACUAAUUAAGUAUUGUAAUAGUUGUGGAAAUCCAGAAUCUUGGCAUGAAUCCGUACAAAACGCUAAAUUAGAAACCAUGUCGCUACCGACAUACAAGUGUAGACGAAGACCGCCUUUUCUAAAAACCAAAAAGAGAAAGUUAUGUAGCUUAACAUCAGCAAAAGAUAUUUUAAAUGAAUUAGAUGCUGUAAUCGAUAACACUACUAUUAUGGAUAUUGAUAAUAACAAAACUAAUAAUCAGGAUGUUGACUUACAUGAUUGGUAUAUGUUUGAUAAUUUACUUGAUCCUCAAGGGAUUGAUUGGGUAUGGUUAGUUAUUGAUCAUUUGAAAUUGAAUAGUGUUUUAGCAACGAAAUUUUUGUAUUCACAGGAUGGUAAGAUUGAAUUUAUGAGUAAUGAUAUUCAUGAUGGUAUAACUCAAAGAUUGGAAUCUGGCAAUUUAAUAUUUCAGCUGACAAAAGUAUUCUUAAAAGAUUUAAUUAACAAAACCCUAAAUAUUUAUAUGAGGGAAAAGAAAGAUGAACUGCAAAACUAUAUAGAAAAUAAUGUUUCGUUGGACUUGAGUAGUAUAAAUAUUUCUAAAUUUGUUAAUAAGAUCAUUGUUCCUUAUCAUGUUCAUCAGGCUGUGCAAGAAAAUCCAGACCCUUUCGACUUUUUAAACGGUGAAGGAUUUGCAUCAGAUAAGCCGAGAUAG